AUGCCCAAAGAAGAAGAGGCAGCCGCUAGGAUCUCCAAAGACCAGGAUCGAGGAUGGGCGUGGGUGGUCUUAGUCGCCACCGUGAUUGUUCAAGGCCUAACGCUGGGCUUCCCUUCGUGCACUGGGGUCUUCUUCAAGGACCUGCAGCGUGAUUUCCAGGCUAGCAACAGCCAGACAUCAUGGUUUCCUUCCAUCAUGACAGCUGUGCUCCAUGCAGGGGGGCCUCUUUGCAGCAUUUUGGUGGAACGAUUUGGCUGCAGGACCACUGUGAUGCUUGGAGGCCUUCUCAGCGGGGUGGGCAUGGUUGCCAGUGCUUUCUCCAAGUCCAUUAGUCACCUUUACAUAACAGCAGGAUUCAUCACAGGCUUGGGGUCAUGUUUCAGCUUCCAGGCUGGAGUCACUGUGCUUGGCUACUACUUCAUACGCCGUCGAGCCCUGGCCAACGCUCUGGCCUCCACAGGUGUCUCCAUUGGCCUCACGCUCUGGCCACUGUUCUCCCAGUACAUGCUUGACGAGAUGGGCUGGAGAAACACUUUCCUCAUCUUUGGCGGGGUGCUGCUGAACUGCUGCGUUUGUGGGGCUGUGAUGAGGCCGGUGGUGCCAGUCCAGCUGCCUGCCCCAUCAUCAAAGCCCUACCCUGAACAGCCACCUGAAGGGGCCUAUUUGUCUAAUGGAAACACUGUGCAUCAUGAAAAGGAACUGCCUCGGCCCAGGUGUGCCUCUUGCAUCCAGACCCUACAGAAGUACCUGGCUUUUGACGUCUUCUGCAAGAACAAAGGCUACCAGAUCUACACCAUUGGCGUGUCUUGGAUGGUGAUGGGUUUCGUGCUGCCCCUCAUCUACCUGGUGCCUUACGCCAUCUUCAAUGGAGUGCCGGAGCGCAAGGCAGCCCUGCUCAUCUCCAUCAUUGGGUUCAUCAACAUAUUCAUGCGCCCCAUGGCGGGCCUGCUCUCAGGCCUCAACGUCUUCACUGGCCGGAGGAUCUACCUCUUUAGCCUGGCUGUCCUCCUCAACGGCCUGAGCAACCUCAUCUGCGCAAUCUCAGCUGACUACACCGUCCUUGUCUUCUACUGCUUGGUCUACAGUGUCUCCAUGAGUGUCAUCGGUGCUCUUCUCUUCCAGGUGUUAAUGGAUGUGGUAGAGAUGGACAGGUUCUCCAGUGCCUUGGGUCUCUUCACCAUCUUGGAGAGUGUCACCAUUCUCAUUGGACCCCCUCUUGCAGGUCUUCUUGUGGAUAUCACGGGCCACUAUAGUUACGUCUUCUAUGCUUCCACCUUCUUCAUGGUAACGUCUGCUGUCUUCAUGGGUCUUAGCUUCUGCACUAUGAAAGCAAAGAACAAAUUGAAAGAGACCCAUAAGCUGCUGUCCCCAGAGGUCCCCUCCAGGGGAAAAUACAUGGAAGUGCCAACAGAACAGGGGCCAAACAGAAACGAUCCUCCUGCAGUCAUCUAUAUAACAAGCAUCUGAGUCCAGAUGAGCUGGAGGGACAUUGUAUUUCUCACAAAUGAAAAACAUCUGGAAGCAGAAGGGGGAAAAACAAGUGCCUCAUUUUUCUGGUUCUCCCGUCCUCCCUACUAUGACCUCCUAUUCAGCUGUGCUGGGCUCAUAUGAAGGAUCUAGGUCAGAGGAUAUGAACUCAAAGCUAUCCAGAAAUCUAAAGAGCACUUUAAACAAAACAUACACGGUGUAAGCCAUGGGGCCAAAGAGGGACAGUGCCCUGUGGCAACAUCUGUAUUAUUACUUGAAGCUUAAUCAUUUUUAUCACCAGGUUUUCUUUAUACAUUCCAGUUUUUCAAGCUGGAAGGAUUUCUUCACCCACUGGGUUAUAUGAAUGACAAUAGAACCUGUAGAGAAGGGCAAGUAAUAUUUAUGCGGGACUUGUUUCCGGACAUGUCCAUUUACUAAUUGGCUGGUUCUCUCCUAGUCCAAGAGAAAAGUUAUUAAUUAGGGAGUUUUACUGCUGAAUUCCUUGAAUGUUAACAUGAAGGCUUUCUUUCCUGCUGCAUAAUCUCAGAGCAGUUGCUGUUUGACCAUAUUACUUAUCUCCCUUACAGCAGCCAGAUUGCGGAUGAGUAGCGCUGUAUGUGCAACUAAGCAAAGUGAAUCAUUUCUGCAUUUUGAGGUUAUUGGGGGGGGGAUAACAGAUGCUCAUAUCUCGACGCUGGAGAGCUCCAAAGUGCCUAUAUAGUCUUGCCAAUAGUGUAUUGAAAUCCUUUGCAUUCUCCUUUGAAAUAUAUGCUGCAGUAAAGAAAAGGUGAUGCUAAUUAAAAGAGGUGGCUAUUCUGUCCACCUCCACAAGGAACAACAAAUGCGAAUACAACGGCAUUUUAAGUUUUAUCUCCAGUGGGCAUUCCUCACCAUUGUAGGCUUCCAGUGUCUUAUAGAGCCAACUCAGAAUGGGUGUAUAAGCUAUAAUAAGGGUAAUAUGUUACAUGUUGGCAGACUGACAUCUAUGCAGAUGUAUGUUGGUGUAAAGAAACAUGAAGAAUGGCAAGUACUACCCAUGCCUAAAACAGCAGGUCAGAUCAAGACCAUCUCUGCUUUGGACUGAAGGUCUCGUUUUUUUAAGGAUAUGCAGAGAAAUAUAAUUAGGAAAAUGGCACUCCAGUCUGGAAUCUUCUUCUUAAAACAAUAGCUUCAUGUUACUUUGUGUUAAGACAAGCCUUGAAAAUGACCCAGGAUGCUUACUGAGUUGGCUGGGGAAAUUGCAGCUAACUUUGCCACAUCUUCUGUGUUUGAGCCGUUGGGCCUAGGCUUGUCAAAACAGCCGUGUUUGACCUGGAACACAACUGUGUUUUAAUUCUGAUAUACUUGCUUGCUUUUCGUAGUUCCAGCUCCCCAGCUCACAUUGUUCUUCCAAUUCUGGUAUUUCUUUCUAAACACUAACUUUGUGGAGGAUGUGAGCCAGAUACGGCUUGGAAUGGCAGGGAUUUGUCGUCGAUGAACUCCAGCACUUUCAAAACCAGAAAGCUUUAAGAAUAUGCAAGAAGUUGUACAGUUGUAGGGUUCCGACCUGACAAGUCUAUAUUAAUCUAUUCAAAUGACAAGGAACAAACCAAGGAAAUGUUCAUGCAGGACGGAACUACAAUGGUGCACUGAAAGAGGGAAUCCAAGUGGGUAUUCUCUGUCUCCAGCCAAGUAACAUGGAGUUCAAUUCAUUUCUCCUGCACAAGCUUCAGUAACAUGAGUGAGAGCUGUUCUCCUUACAGAGGAGCUUCUCUUCAGACGGGCUUUGAAUCGAGUCCACUCCCAUGCUAUCUGCAACGAGUGGGGAAUCUGUGGACCUCCAGAUGUUCUUGGACUACAGCCCCCACCAUCCCUGACCAUUGACCACGCUGGCAAGGCCAGAUGGGAGUUGCAGUCCAGCAGCAUCAUGCGGAAGGCAGACAUGCAUAGAAGCCACUAGAGGAGUUUAAAAAGCUGACAGUCUUCAAUUUCCUCUGCUGAUUUAGGGCAAAGGAGCAAGGUGGAGGUGUAUUUGAGUCCUUGCAGAUGGGCUCUGCAUGGUGCUUGCGCACAAACUAGCUAGGAAGCCACAGUGCCCCACUGAUUCCAGGUGGCUAGAUAUAAAACACAACCUUAGGGGUUAGGUUGUGAUUCUGGUCUUUUGUGGGGUGAAAGGAUUUGCCGUGUCUGACAAGCAUAUGACCAAAGUAUAAAUUCAGCUGACAUGCACACAAACAUAGUUCUGAAUACUCCUGUUCUAUAGAAAGCCAAACCUCUAUGUUUUAAUUGGAUUUUGGGCAUUAUUGUACAUGGCAGCCUUUCACACUAGUUUUAAAUAAAUAUUCCUGACCAAAUAUACCAGGUAUAAAGUAGAAGAGAAGUAUUUAAAAAUAGAGUGUGCAUAUCCAUACCAUGUUCAGGACUGACAUGGGACAUGCAAAAAUGUGUUUUACAAGCCAAUCUGGUGCAAGUUUCAGCUGCUAGCUUAGGUGGUUUUUUAAAGGUGUGUGAGACAAAUUCACAAAGGAUACUGCUAAGAUUGAAGUGGGGCUUCCUAGGACACUUCCAGACUGUUGCUGUUUUCAGAUGGGAUUCAACCACAUACUUGCAAUUUCAGGUUGCGCAAUUAUAGCUGACUGGGCAGUCUUGCACUACAGAACUGCUUCCUCCAAAGAUGCGUCAUUUCAUGAUAAGGAAAAUAAAACGCACUGGGAAAUCUGAGCAAACAAACCAGAAGGUAUGCUCAUUAAGUCACCAGUGUCAUCUAAUCUUCCUGCAAACAAGCUGGGAUAAAUGCUCAAUAAAUAGAUUGUUUGGAAGUGCCCUUAGUCUACAGGUAGGAUACAUCCCAGUAGUGGAGAGUUACUGCCUUUAUGUCCUACUUUUAAAUGUCUCAAAGUCAUCUGGCUGGCUGAUGUUGUAAAACUAGAUGGACCUUUGCAUAAUCCUCUUGGUCUCUUCUUAUGUUGCUUCCCUAGGUGUGUGUUUCGUUUAGCCCAAUUGUGGAUUAAGCUUGUGGGUUAGCAGCUUUCACUAAGCAUCUCUAGAUAGACUGGGCUUCUUAAAAGCACUGUAAGGAAAACACACACACACACACACACACAGAGAGAGAGAGAGAGAGGGGGACAGACAGACAGACAGACAGACAGACAGACAGACAGCAUAUUCUCAAUCCUACUCCUCUCUACACUGGUGAAAACAGGUUCAGAAAUAGAAUAUAGGCAGCUAGAUCUCCAAAGUAUCCAACAUGGGAGGAGUUUCCUCAAAUAAAAAAAUAUCAUUAAGUGGGUGCAAAUUGCUCAGUAUCAUUUAAUUCCACUCCCAAACCCCGAUGCUGCAGUGGUGUUUAAGUAACAUACACUGAAUGAAGCACUUUUUAUUAUCAAUCAGAGAAGGCAGAUCUGUGGCCUCUCAGGUGCUGUUGGAUGCAAAGUCCCAACUGUCCCAAUGGCAUAGUCAAAGAUCAGGGAAGAUGGGUGUUAAUAGUUGUCCAACAAUCUCUGGAGGACUACAGCUUCCCCAUCCCAGUCCUAAAGAAGUUGACAGUUGGACUAGAAGAUUGGCAUCAAUUUAGGCCACUGUUGUAAAGUGAUUUCUUUGCAAUUUCUUGAUCUCAGGACUGUGGCCAGUUUGUUACAAUAUGCUCUUGAACAAGAUUGCUGCAUUAUUGCUUGGAUAUAUACGUGUAGUCUUCUUUAAAAAAAAAAUGUAUUGAUCCAAAUGCACUUGGUAACUUUUGUAAAGCUGAAAACAUUACAGCAAAUAGGCAGACUUAAGGACUUUGAAUUGUAAUGCACGCCGACUUUUGUGCUUCCUUCAGGAAUUGUGGAAUGCUUUUUCUUCUUUCAGAAUGCACCAUUUAAAAAGGGACCAAAUAUUAGCUUUUUCUAUCCAUGUCUGAAUAAAGAAGCUAGGAAGUAAGACCUGUUUUGUUUAAGGCAUUUUUUUGUUCAUGAACUCUCAAUAAAAAAUUUAAACUUA